AUGGCUCCUACAAUCACUGCAUCAAUGAUCAACUCCAACCACCUUCUUCCACUUACUAAUAAGCUGAGAAAGCCAAUAGUGGAGAAGAUGCGAAGAGAACGCAUCAACAGCAGCAUUGAGAAGCUCAAGUCUCUGCUGGGUGGAGAAUUCCUAAAGCAACAGCCUGAUUCCAGACAGGAGAAAGCCGACAUCCUGGAGAUGACAGUUUAUUUCCUGAGACAGCAGCAGCAGUCACACAAGAAGUCGAGCUGCUCCACUGAAGCUGAUGAAGGCUACAGUAGGUGUGUGCAGGAGGCCAUCAACUUCCUGUCUCAGUGUCAAGUACACACUCAGUCCCAGAGAAGAGUGCUGACCCACUUCCUGACCAUGCAGCCUUCCAUGGAGAAGAGCAGAAGUGUCGUUCCUCAGCUCAGCUCUCCAUCCUGCCAGAUCAGCAGCAAAGAGGAGACUCCAGGCUGCAGUGAACUCUGGAGACCCUGGUAG